UAUUAAUAAUAUAGGUCAUCAGCCUCAGCUCGUCCACUCUUAUCACCACAUGAAACCCUAAUUAAAAAGCUUCUCCAUCUCCUUCGAUUGCUACUACUUAUUUAUUUGCGCAAACACACCGCUCUCUCACUACUCUGGACCCUCAUCUCAUCUCAUCUCAUCAUAGUUUUAGACGUUGUUUUAUGACCAUCAAGAUUAUGAAUCAGGUGCAGGAUGAGAAAGUGAGCAACAUGGAGUUCACUCCACCGUCGGAUCAUCUCUGCUACGUCCGAUGCAACUUCUGUAACACCGUUCUUGCGGUUGCGCUUCCAUACAAGCGUUUUCUGGACACUGUGACAGUAAAAUGUGGUCACUGCAGUAACCUGUCCUUUCUUACCACCAGACCUACUCCAAUCCAAGCUCAAUUCCUCGAUCAAUUUCCCUUGAGUCUUCCGGGGUUUUGCAAUAAUGAUUUGAGGAAGGGUUCAUCUUCAUCAUCCGGCUGCUCCAGUACCACCACAUCUGGCGAGCCAAUGUCCCCCAGAGGAGCUCCCUUUGUUGUUAAGCCUCCUGAGAAGAAGCACAGGCUUCCAUCUGCUUACAACAGAUUCAUGAAAGAGGAGAUUCAACGCAUCAAAUCGGCCAAUCCUGAGAUUCCACAUAGAGAAGCUUUCAGCGCUGCAGCCAAGAAUUGGGCUAGGUACAUUCCACAUCCACAUGCUGCAUCAGUUUCGGGAAGCAACAAAAGGAUUUUGCAGCAGGAAUGAGAAGUUGCCUGAAAUCUCAUGGCAUGGAUCAAAUAAAUCGGAAUAUUUAUAUAUAUAUAUAUAUAUAUAUAUAUGGAGAGCACUUUGAGCUCACAAAUUAAUUAGCUAGCUAGCAACGUUGAGGAGAGAGCAUUGCAUUUGACGUGUUUCUCAUAUGCACAUGUUCGACUGUGUUUUAUGUUUAUUAAUUUUCUACUAAACGUGACAGUCUUGGACUUUAAUUGAAACUUAAUUAGCUUAUUAUUAA